CACUUCUCGACUCGACGACCUCACCUCAGACAACCUCACCACCCUCCUCGACCUCGCCUCAGACAACCUCACCGGAAAAUCCGGCCACACCCACAUCACACAAGUGUCUCACCUCUCUGAUCUCUCUCGACUUCUCAUCCCUCAGACCCUCACUGUGGAGGAGCCUUCCUUCACGGCACAGAGGCAGAGCCACGGCCACCGGCGCUGCUCACCUCUCUGAUCUCUCUCUCGACUUCUUCAUCCAGAUUCCAGUGCACUGUGCACCGAUUCUCCCCCAAAUCAGUCUCCCCUUACGCAUCGUUCGUGGCAUCUCAAGCUCACCCAGUGGAAGCUUUAGCUCCACACUCCAGAAAAUUCAGGGUUUUACCCAUCUUUCCGGAAAAAAAAGACGAUGAAUUUUGCAACAUCAAUAUGCAGUAGGUUGGGUCUUAAGAACAUUGUUACGAAUACUCCCGUAUACAGCAGUGCUUCCGAUGUCACAGCGGAAGGAUUGAGUUUGACCUUUCGGCGCUGGGCUACUAAAAAAUCUGCUGGAUCCACCAAAAAUGGUCGAGAUUCAAAUCCCAAAUUUCUUGGAGUGAAGAAAUUUGGCGGAGAGAGAGUGAUACCUGGAAACAUCAUUGUUCGCCAAAGAGGCACCCGUUUUCAUCCUGGAAAUUAUGUUGGUUUAGGGAAGGAUCACACCCUUUUUGCUCUGAAAGAAGGCUCUGUUAAGUUUGAACACCACAAGCUCAGCGGACGCAAGUGGGUGCAUAUCGUGCCCAAGGAAGGUCACAUGCUUCACCCUGUCUAUGCAAAUGGUGGGACUGCACCAUCGACAGCGUAGUUGAAGACGGUUUCAUAUCCUUGUAAGCAUGUUUUUAGAUCAUUUUAGGUUCAAACCUUUCCCCAGGUUGGUUCGAAUAAGAAAAGCGAUGUUAUGCCAAAACCAGAUAGGUUUCUGUUAUUUAGAAGCUUAUCAUCUUAGACGAAGGAAUGCACAUCUCAGUUUUACAUUAAUUUGAACUCUUUUGUUUCAGCUUA